AUGCCGAGCCCCAUUGUUGACGGGAUCCCGGUCCCAAAUGGAACUCACUCAUCCGAAUCAAACGAGAAGGUGACGACAGUCCCCAAUCCGGAAAACGACCAGCCGGCCCAGCCGGAGCAGUCGCAAAACCAAGACGCAACAAAUGGAGCCAAUGGUCAAGAGCGACCGCCAUUACCCGAUCGUGAUUUCGAGUCAAGCAUCUCUACUAGCAAUGCUGAUUUUGAUGAUAUGAUGCACUCAAACAAUGAAACGCCCAAUGAAAAGUCCAAUGGAACUACCAAUGGAGACUCCGAUAGUACUGCAAAGAGCUAUGCUGCUGUUGCUGCCGAAGCAGAUGAGAAGGAUGGAGAAGACCAAGAUACUAACGGUCUUGAAAAGAGCUAUGCCGAUGUUGUUGCCGACAGGGACGCGAAUGACAGCAAAGAUGAUGAUGGGUGGUCUUACCCCAAGCUACCCAUCACCGCUCAAUUUGAUGACCCCAAGGCUGUAAGCUUGCGCGCGGGAGGCAUCCGUUUCGCGCCUCUACGUGUGCCCAUGAAGCGACGACUACAAACUGCAGCAGUCCUGUUUCAUUGCAUGUCUAUCGCCACAUUGGUCUCGGCCUUUUGGUUGAUAUGUGCUAACCCUCUCGCCUGGCCCAUCAUCAUUCCUUACCUGAUCCAUCUUGCUCUGUCGACUGCAGGAACAAAUGGAAACCUGACAUACCGUUCAGAAUGGGUCCGAAGCUUGAAGAUCUGGAAGCUCUUUACCGGAUACUUCCCCAUGAAAUUGCACAAGACGCAUGAACUGCCUACCGAUAGAAAGUACAUCUUUGGAUAUCAUCCUCAUGGCAUCAUCUCCCAUGGAGCCUUCGCGGCCUUUGGCACCAACGCUCUUGGAUUCCGCGAACUCUUCCCCGGCAUCACCAACACGCUACUUACUCUCGACUCCAACUUCCGCCUUCCCUUCUACCGUGACUAUAUCAUGCUCCUUGGUCUGCAGUCAGUUUCAAAGGAGUCAAUCUGGAAUCUCCUGUCCAAGGGCGGCCCCAAGAAUGACGGCAAGGGUCGCGCUGUUACUAUUGUUGUUGGAGGUGCCCGUGAGUCGCUUGAGGCUCAGCCAGGAAGCCUUCGUUUGAUCCUUAAGAGCCGCAAGGGCUUUGUCAAAAUGGCACUUCGCACUGGAGCCGACCUAGUCCCUGUGAUUGGGUUUGGCGAAAACGACCUAUAUGACCAGCUGAGCCCCAAGACACAUCCGAUUGUGCAUCGGAUCCAAAUGAUUUUACUCAAGGUCUUCAAGUUUACUGUACCAGCUCUUCACGGCCGAGGCGUGCUUAACUACGAUGUCGGCCUCAUGCCUUACCGACGUCCGGUCAACAUUGUCAUUGGACGACCACUCCGAGUUGAGAGAGCUCAUGGAUCGCAGCCAGCUCAAGAGGAUAUCGAUGAGCUGCAUGAGCGUUAUGUUCAAGAGAUUGAGAAAUUGUGGGAGACGUAUAAGGAUCAGUUUGCGACCAAUCGUAAGGCUGAUAUGGAGAUCUUUGCUUAA